GGAGCCUGUAUUUUGCUUUUGCCACUCAAUUUCUUUCCUUUUCUUCUUUUAACAAAAAUUAAUGAGGGAUUAUGAUCUAUGUUCGGUAUCGCUAUAUAAAUAAGAACAUACUUCUUGCUUUGAGGAGCAUAGCAGCUGAUAGUGGUAGUGAGCAAUUUGAUACCGAAAAAGAGAUUAAAUGGGGAUGCAAAACAACGCCAAAAAGCCUCAUGUUUUGAUCUUUCCAUUCCCUGGUCAAGGUCACAUUAACCCCAUGCUCCAAUUCGCUAAACGCUUACACUCCAAAGGCGUCAAAGCUACCCUGGUACCCACCGUCUUCCUCUCUAAGUCCUUGUUUUUCGAUUCAUCCGCCUCCAUCGAUCUCUGCACCAUAUCUGACGGCUUCGAUGAAGGCGGGUUUGAGCAGGCGGAUACCCCUUAUGCCUAUCUCUCAACUUUCUGGAACGUAGGCCCCAAGAGCUUAGCAGCUUUAAUCAAGAAACUUCGCCAUACUGCUCAUCCUGUUGAUGCCCUUGUCUACGAUACUGUGUUACCGUGGGCACUUGAUGUCGCGAAGCAGUUUGGGAUAUUAUCGGCCGCGUUUUUUACGCAAUCUUGUGCCGUUAACAGCGUGUAUUACCAUGUUUAUAAGGGACACCUUCAGCUGCCACUCCAAGGAUCUCAUGUUUCUCUUCCAGCAAUGCCUCCGCUUCAUGUUUCGGAGUUACCAUCUUUUGUUGCUAUUUAUGGAUUGCAUCGGGCUUGGCUUGAUGUGCUUGUGGAUCAGUUCUCCAACAUUGACGAAGCUGAUUGGGUGCUUUUCAACCAUUUUUACGAAUUGGAGCCAGAGGUGGUGGAUUGGAUGUCAAAAUUUUGGAACGUGAUGACAGUAGGACCGACGAUUCCGUCUAUCUACUUGGAUAAAAGACUCGAAAAUGACAAACACUACGGUAUGAAUAUGUUCAAGCCAAAUGUUACCGCUUGCAUGAGUUGGCUAAGUGGAAAGCCAAAGGACUCGGUGGUAUAUGUAUCAUUCGGAAGCAUUGCAUCACUAGGGAUUGAGCAAAUGGAGGAGAUAGCUUGGGCAUUGAAAGACCGAAAUGGCUACUUCUUGUGGGUCGUCAGGGAAACCGAGAAGGCCAAACUUCCACACAAUUAUAUAAAAGAGACCUCACAUAAGGGUUUGGUGGUGACAUGGUGCCCUCAAUUGGAGGUGCUGUCGCAUGAGUCCGUAGGUUGCUUUCUCACCCAUUGCGGCUUUAAUUCGACUCUGGAAGCACUGAGCCUCGGAGUUCCGAUGCUAGCAUUGCCUCAAUGGACCGACCAAUGCACUAAUGCCAAGUACAUAGAGGAUGUAUGGAGAAUCGGAAUAAGAGCUCGUCCCGAUGAGAAAGGGAUUGUGAGAAAAGAGACUAUCAUACGGUGCAUAAAGGAACUACUCACGGAAGUUGGGAAAAAAGGCGAAGGGAUUAAAAAGAAUUCAAUCAAGUGGAAGAACUUGGCUAAGAAGGCAGUUGAUGAAGGUGGAAAAUCAGACCAAAAUGUUGACGAAUUUAUAGCUAAACUAAUUUGAGAUUAGUAUUUGCACGUAGGGUGACAUUUAUUAUAGUUGUAAUAAGUGUAACAAAGACCCAUUGGCAUUGGCAUGAAGCUGUGAUGAUUUGUGUUGCUACAACUUUGAAGGUCCUUUAGUCAAUGUCAUCCGCGUCAGCUUUUCUUGCAUGCCUUCUUGUGGACGGCAGUGGAGUAUUGAUUUUUCUUUUGGGGUGUCUCUGUGUUUGUUCGUCUGCCAUUUGUUUAAGGGUUCUUGCUUCUCAGAUUGUACGCCCUUCAUUUUAAUAAAAAGCUUCCUUUUUGGCACAA